UAUUCACGAAGCUGCAACUCUACCAUAGUGAUCAAAGAGACCAGUAAAAAUGGCUUCAGGAUAUGAUAGAGCGCUCUCAGUCUUCAGUCCUGAUGGACAUGUGUUCCAGGUUGAAUACGCACUUGAGGCUGUGAAGAGAGGAACAUGUGCGGUUGGAGUAAAGGGCAAAGAUAUUGUCGUAUUGGGCUGCGAGAAGAGAUCUGCCAUGAAGCUGCAAGAUACCCGAAUUACACCUUCGAAGAUUGGUCUCGUCGAUACCCAUGUUUGCCUCGCUUUCGCUGGAUUGAACGCAGAUGCACGAAUCUUAGUCGACAAGGCGAGAUUAGAAGCACAAUCUCAUCGAUUGACUGUUGAGGACCCCGUUACGAUCGAGUACAUCACGAAAUAUGUUGCUGGUGUUCAACAGAGAUAUACACAAAGUGGUGGUGUUAGACCAUUUGGUAUCAGCACAUUGAUCAUUGGAUUUGAUCCCAAUGACAAGACCCCAAAGCUGUACCAAACCGAGCCAUCGGGAAUCUACUCAGCAUGGAAGGCAAAUGCUAUUGGUCGAUCAAGCAAGACAGUCCGAGAAUUCCUCGAGAGAAACCACAAGGAUGAUAUGGAUAGAGAGGCUACGAUCAAGUUGACCAUCAAGUCAUUACUGGAGGUCGUACAAACGGGAGCGAAGAACAUCGAAAUUGCCAUUAUGGCACCAGGGAAGCUGAUCGAGAUGUUGCCAGUUGAGGAUAUCGAGGCGUAUGUCAAGAACAUUGAGCAGGAGAAGGUUGAGGAAGCAGCCAAGAAGAAGACUGGACGACCAGGUACUGGUAACACCUCGAUCUUGGCAACUAGAGCAGCGGAUGAGUAAGGGCAUAUGGACUACUUCGUUGAAUUUGCAUCAUCUCAUAGAGCCUCUGUACAGUAGCAAUGAGUAACGAAAAAGAUAUUUGGCAGCAUGCAUCACUAUCUUCGCAUCUAUUCGUGAGAUCUGGUGUAUGCAUGACCAAU